CGUUUUAAGUCAGAAAAUGAAAACCUACUGGUCAAGCUGGAGAAGAACUGCAAGGAACUUUUGUUGUAAAAUAGACAAAGUUAAACAGGUAAUAAAUGCAGAAAACUGCCAAGGUACUUCACUAUUUAUUCAUUCAGUUGAGUGCAAGCCUGACGUGCUAAACAGUGAACGUGCAUUAGCCCAGCUGAAAUUAAAAAAUAAUAUUGAGAAAAGCACAUUUGUACCUGACAAACAGUUUUUCAAUAUCGUCGCUUCUAAAACAAAGCUCGGAGAAAUGGCCGAUCCAGCGUUUGUCGACGUAAAGCAACAGUCUCAUGCGACGAUUGAUAAAACGCCCGAUGAGAAAAUUCAAAGAAAACAACUCACCGAGACGAAAGAAGUGAUGAGAUCAAAUGCUGGGGUUAACGGGGCACACGCACGUCCUUUGCCAGUCAGUAAGAAAGAUGGCGAAAUUGUUUUCGAAACGUAUUAUCAUCAGAGCGGGAAAGAGUUUCAAUGUAUUUACCAGAAUGGAACUCGAUACUACCUCGCUGACUCUGAGGAAUGGCUGGAAUUUCCUAAACAUUGGUACAUCGAAGGCGUGUUGAUGACUAAAUCUGUUCUCAAAGAUGAUAGUACUGAAAUCAAUUACAGGAAGAAAUAGAUACCAGACGAACAGAGAUACAGGAAGAAACGUUCAUUAAGAAUUUAUUUGCAUGAGUUUGUCUCUUAAAAGAUCCAAAUGAAUGUACUAUUAAAGCUCAAAUGGAUGUGUUUAUAUCCAGAUGGACAUUUUUAUAAUAACUUUGUUAGGAAAGUACACAUAACAUAACUACACAACCAUACUUUGUGACAUAAAUAUUACCUUGAACUAAGCGUCUAAUUACUCAAAUUUUCAACAAAAAAUAACAAAUACGCCAAAAAACUGCAAACAUAUAUCCAAUCAGUUAGAUAUUACUCCAUCAAUUUUAAGAGAGUAAAUGUUUCAAACAUUUACUUUUUGCAAAAGCUAAAAAGUUAAUUUUUUGUUUCACGUUCUUAAUACCUCCACGCAACAAGGUGCAUGCGUGCGUGCAUGCGUGUGUGGCUAUUUAGGGAUCAUUUGUUUUUGCCGACUUCUAAUGGCAGACUUUACCUAUCUAAAACAUUUUUUCGCAUUUCUGUGUUUCAAAACUCUAUAUUCAUUUUUCAAGUUUAAAAUAUAUUUAUGCAUAACACUUUUGUUCAUCUGCAGUAUCGUCAUUGGAUGGUACACUAACAUUUCGGGGCGAGAGGUCCACAAUAUUUCCAUGAAUUUUGCUGGUGUUAUGGAUCGAAAAGAAAGAAAUUAAUGUUAUUCUAGGACAGUCAUCGAUUGUUUAAAGAUUUAUGGACCAUUGUGAAAAGAUGCGCAUUUUCUCUGAUUUGACAACAGCUAAUCAUAUCAAUCCUCAAAAGUGGUCAGAGUGCAUCAUUUGAAGUCGUUAUUUAAAAACAAAAUUCCGGGGGAGGCCCCUGUACUCUGAACAUUGGGAGGCGAUACCACAUUUCAUACUCUCUCGCGCAUGUGCGUAUAUUCUUUUAAAGCCUGGGUCCGCCCUUGCUUUUAAAUCAUAUUGCACCGUAAGAUGACAGCUUUUGAGUAGCUCUGCUACCGGGGAUAUUGACGUUUCAGUAGAUAUAAUAUGUCAGCUGAUUAUACUGGGAAUUAUCUCUGUCUAUUAAUAACUACGAGUAGAGGUAACUUACUGAUACUUGUCAUGUUUCUAGCCAAAAUGUAUGCGCUUCUCCCCACGUUAUCCAUCAUGACAAUUUUGUGGACAGUUUCUCUUGAAAAAAACAACAACAACUGAAUUUCUUUUACGUUCUUGGAAUUUCGAGUCCGCUUAUAUGGGAUACUACAGAUGGAAAAGAAUGUUCAAAUAGGUAACAAGUAAAUUUUGCAGCCGUGCAGGCAGUCAACAUAUUUUGUGUGAAAUGAGGAAUAUCGAAUAUGUCACUACAUUAACGCUCUUAAAAUUGGAAUCAUCGUAAAAUUAUAUACUCCAUGUCAAUGAAAUUUAUGAAACUUGAAAGUACAAAAUGUACUUUACUGAAAAUAUCUUAUGUGUAUUAAAAUGCAAGG